GGCCUGCGAGCGUGCGGAUGAUCUCGACGAACGCGUCGCCGCCCAUCCCGCUGCCGGUGCAGGUGCCGCCCGGCCACGUCGUGCAGCAGAUCGUGGACGAGACGGGCACGCUCAGGCACGUCAUCCUGUCGGCGCAGCCCGUGCCCAUGCCCAUGUGCCCCUACGGCCCAAACGCAGGACAAGGCCCACCCCAGUUUUUCGGACCUCCCCCUGCAGGACCUCCUCCCCAGGGCUACGUGCCCCCAUAUCAGCCACCACCACAAUACUCCCCUGUGGUGUCUCCGCCAUUGACACAAGCCUCGCCGCCACCUCACUACACCCAGAAGUCAGAACGGCACAUGCGUCAGUAUGAAAAACCUCGAAAGUAUUAUCAGCGACAACCACAGCACCAGCAUGUUAACAAAUCAGGAACGAGCAGCCUACACAGCACCCCUCCCUUAUCCCCUAAGAAAGAACUACUGCCCCGAAAAAAUGCCGAAGAAGAGAUCCAUGCUGAGGACGGUGAAGACCCCAGAAACAACCUUCACCUCCUCCUGUCUCAGGUUAAACCCCCCAAGGUGAUAAACUUGACUCCCUAUGAAGCUGUUCUCCAGUGGUCAGCACCGGAGUUAAGCAGUCAGCAGCAGGAGGAGAUCCCAGUCUCAGAACUCCUGUAUGAGGUCUUCCUAAACAACAGCCUGCACAAGUCCAUUGCUGCCACGCAACUUACGAUUAGUGGGCUAAAACCGGCCACAGAAUAUAGGGUCUACUUGCAAUGUGUAUGUGGAGGCGUGCGUGGUGAUCCAACCAACGUGACUCCGUUCCACACUCAUUCUACUGUGCCCGACACUCCACAACAACCUAGGCUUGCAUAUAGAACGAAAACAUCAUUACAAUUCAGAUGGGGUGCUGUUAAAGAGAAUGGUUCAAGGGUGACAGCUUUUGUCCUGGCUGAGGGAGAGAGAGGAAAGCAGCACACCAUCACUAAACUCACCCCCAACACUCGCUACCAUGUCCGUCUGGCUGCAGUCAAUGAUCAUGGGCAGAGUGACUUCAGUCCGGAGGCAGUGGCAUUUACAAGUGGCGUGGCACCUUUGCAGCCUUCCCCACCCAACUUAGAGCAAGCUUGUAUUAAUUCGCUUAGUUUAGGAUGGUCUAAACAGCCUCUUGAGGAAACGUUUACCCUUCAGAUGGAAGAUUCAUUGAAUGGAUAUGGCUUUCGCCCAGUGUAUAAUGGCAGCGACACAAAAUAUGAAUGUCAAGGCCUCAGAAGAAAUGCUGAUUAUAAGUUUAGGCUGUUUUCCCACAAUGAAGAAGGCACAUCACUUCCUUCGGAUAUUGUUUGUUACCACACACUGCCUGACCGCCCAAAACCACCUUCCCCUGUAAGCGUAAAAGGUCGGCCCAAAUCAAACAGGUUGUUAUUAACCUGGUCACCUCCUGCCGACCAUGGGGGCUCUACAGUGACAGACUACCGUCUGGAAAUCGACAGAGGCAGUGGUUUUGAGCUCAUUUACUCUGGGAAAGACACUGAAUUUGAAUGUUUGAACCUUGAACCAGGGAAGAGCUACCAAGUACACGUUUUAUGCAUAAGCUUAGGCGGCCUGAGUGACUGGAGUGAAACUGCAGUGGUGACCACAGAGGCAGUGCACCCAGGUGUCUGCCAGCCACCCCAUGUAUUGGGGAAACCUAAGGCUUCCAUGCUGCAGCUAAAAUGGGCCCAUCCUGAAUAUAAUGGUGGAGCCAGUGUUACUGAAUUCCAAGUAGAGAUGACGGCACCAGACAACGAGAGAAGGCAGGUCUACUGUGGCCGAGACCUGGAAUGUACUGUUGCAAGCUUACUACCAGGUCGGCCCUACAUCUUCCUUGUGCGUUGUGUAAAUCGAAUGGGACCAGGGCCAUGGUCAGAGCCUCUCGAGGUUGUGAGUGGUGCUGGCCCCCCUGAUGCGCCUCACUCCCUACACCUGGCUUGCCGAGGCCCACACUCUGUCCACCUGGCCUGGGAGGAACCUAUAAACAAUGGAGCUGCUAUUGAGCAGUAUAGUGUUCAAGUUGCGGAGGUCUCAUGUCCUCAUGCAGAGUCCUCAGAAUCUUCAUCCACUUGUGGGGACCCUGAGUCUGACUUGACAUUCAACAAUGCUUACACUGGGUCUACACCAACUGCAGAAGUGCGCAACCUGGCCCCAGCUACCACCUAUGCCUUUAGAGUGUCAUGCAGCAACAGUGCUGGAGUGGGCCCAUGGUCACCCAUCUCAACUGUUACAACACCUGCUGCCCCACCUGCUCCCGUGGCCUAUAUCUCAUCCUCCCCAGCAGCUACAUCUGUGACCCUCUUGUGGGGAGAGCCUGCCAACCAUGGAGAUCCCAUCACGCAUUAUGUAAUUGAGAUAGGAGAUCGCACAGUCACCACACCUGGGCCAGAUAGAGAAUACACCAUCGAAGACCUCAUGCCAGAGACUUUAUACAAAGUACGCAUUCAGGCCAUCAACAGUGUUGGUCCUGGAGGUCUGAGUGCAGUGCACAAAGUGACCACGAGGCCCCACCCACCCACGCCUCCCACCAUUGAGCUUGUCAGAGCAUCCUACAACUCUCUGCGACUCAAGUGGGGUGAUGGCCGUAAUGCAGACCUUCUUGUGUACUCUCUGCAGAUGGAGUUUCCCAAUCCUCAUAGUCAUACCACAGAGUUCUAUCAGGUGUAUAACGGAACAAACCAGAACUUCAAGGUAGUUCGGCUAGAAGAGAAUACUCUGUAUCGGCUUCGAAUCUGCGCAAGCAAUGAAGCUGGUGUAGGCCCCUAUUCUCCUGUGGUUGAGCUACGCACAACCAAGGCCCCCCCACCACCUCCCAAAGCUCCACGGGUGACAGAGGUUGCAGAUGGAAACCAUCUGGUUGAGUGGUGCAGUGUACGAUGCCCAGGGGAGGACUCAAUCACGUACCGUUUGCAGGUGCUACAGGCUGGAAAGGACCAGGACUACUCUACGGUCUUCACUGGCAGCGAAACUUCUUAUGAGUUGAGAGAUCUGGAACCCCACAGUGGAUACUUUGUUCGUGUGUGUGGAGUGCGCGUCUGCAGUGAUGGAGAAAGAAUGGCAGGCGCAUACUCUUCUCCUAUGUUGUUCAACACUCCAAAACCACCACCUGUCACCACCAUGAAGACGUCUACCAAUCCAACACAGGAAACGGGACUACACUGGCACAGGCUGAGUGACCAAAACAAGGCAUUUGCCAUCCUUCUUGUCUUCUCCAUCUUCUGUGCCAUUGCUGCCAUUGGCUUGCACCACUUUGUGGCCCCCAAUGCAGAGCGGUAACCCAGAGACAACUUGUAUCUUCAGGUUUAAAAAAAGGAUUGUGGAAGAAAUGUAGCUGGAUGGAUCUGCAGUAAAUGAGCAACACCCAUAUGUGAAGUAAGCAGGUGUUAUGCAGCUGCUGCAGAAGGACUGUCAGAGACCACAAAACACAGAAAACCUCGACUUCUUUCCAUAUCGUGUUCAGAGAGGGUAACGGUGCAGAUGUUGCUGCACACUUGAUGUGCGGCCAAAGUAUAUUAUGGUAAAAUUUAGCCUGUAGGCUUCAUACAAGCAGGGUCUGAUUAUUCCUUUUUUCAUUAAUAGUGAAUUUUUAUAAUCAAAUGAGAGUCUAAAGGUACAUUAAAAAUCUGGUACUAGACAGAUGUCUUGCAGAUUUAUUGUUUGAUAUUAGAGGUUUAGGCUUUUUAUACAAAAUGCUUUCUUUCACAUACAAAAAGAUAAAAGAUUACUCUGUAGGAAAGAUCCAAAAUACUAGCAUAGUCAUAGUAUUAUGAAGUGUAUUGUCGUAAACCUACAAAACUGGUAUGUAGUGAGAGAUUGUCAUGAUUCCCUAUAUUCUUGUGGGUGCGGUAUGGUUAUCUUCACAACAGGAUGUACCCUUCUACUCUCAUUGAAGACUUAAAUAAGGUGCUGACUUACUUUGUGCAAGAAAAAGGAAAAAAAAGAAUUAAAUAAUUAUUAGGUAAGAAAAAAAUCCCUGCUUCCCAAAAUGUAUUUUGAGCACAAAACCUUUGCUUAAUAUUAUGUGCUGCCUAAUGUGUUGUUUAUGAUGUUGUGAGAAUUAGGUUUAUAUCAUAGUCUCAGAUUUCAUUUGUUGGAUUUUUUAUUGUUAUUUUUAUGAUUAUUAUUAUUAUUAACAUAGUUAAAUUUAUAAUUUCUGUGCAGUUGUCCCAAGUGAACCACCACACAUUCCGUGAACUAAAAGAUCCACAGUUAGAUAUUCAUUUUUGUAGUUUAAGUUAGCCACACUCUGUCAUAAUGGACCAAACCCAGCUGCCAUUAAUUGUAUUCUUUUUCACUCCAUACGUACUUAGGACAAGAACCAUAAUCCCUUGUGAGCAAGGCAGCUGGACUCAGUUGACUGUUCUGCUUUCCACUGCCUCCAGACGCCCAUCGUUGCAAACACUUUGGUGCUCAAUAGUGGUUGCUGUGCUGUCCCUGUGAUCUAGCAGUUCUGAGCACAGGUCGCAUCUGGUGCAGCGAUAAUGCUGAUUCUUUAAAACCCAUGUUAGAUAUCACAGUAUUUUCCUUGUGCUUUAUUCCUGUCGGUGCAAUAAGUGGUGGAUACUUCUUUGUCAACAGUAUUUAGCUCCAGGGCAUUAUUUUCCGUUGAUGGAAGGAGAAGAAAAGAAAAGAAAAAAAAAAGACAAAAAACAAAAAAAAACCAAAAAAAAAACAAACAAAAAAAAAGGAAGCUUGGACACUGUCUACAGAGCUUUUUUAUAUUACAAGAUUCCGUCGGACUGCAAACAUCAGUUAGAACUACGACUAAAGAGAAAAAGGUUGAUGUAGAACAUUCUUUGAUUUAUUUUCAAAACUCAAUUUGUGUUCUGUUCCAAUUUUUUUCUUUUGCUAGGAUAUUGACUUUCUGUGAAUUUUCAUCACUAGAUCAAUCAUAUUGACAAAUCAGGCUCCUGGUCUUGGUUGUUGUGUGGAAAGGGAAGCAGGGCACACCUCUGUCACUUCAUUAUAAGGUGCAAGUUGUUUUGCUGCCGUUCAUAGUGAAAAUGCCAAUCAAAUCAUAUCCCUUUGUGACACUGCAUAAAUCCCAAAAUUAUUUUAGAUUCUUUGACAAAUGUAGAAGUGUCAGCUACAAAUCUCCAGUUGUUGAUAGUUGUCAUAUGACACUUGUUUCACAAUAUCCAGUAUGACAGAUAACUCAGUGUAUUUGUUUGCCUAGAGUUGAGAAAUCACUGAUUGGAUUUGUAAUGUCACCAGCCAGCUUUGUCUAAACCCGACCAGAAGUUUACUAUUCCUCAAGACAAAUACACUUUCUUAACCUAGUUGAUGCUAUAAUUGAUGUAUGCAGGCAGAUCUUAAUGGUUGGUGAGACUGUGAUGUCGUCCCAAGUCAGAGGGGUUAGAGUGUGACCUUUCUUGCUUCCUUCUCUGCUGGGAGCUAUGUUAAAAGGGAAGAAUAGUGUCCAAACCAUAUUUUGUAAGUUGGUAUCCUUAUAUAUAUGUAUAUUUAUAUAUAUAUCUAUGUGUAUAUAUAUAUAUAAAUAUCAAAAUUAUUCAGUAAAUCAUAAAUUAAGAAGAAAUUAUUUUAUAUGAAUCAAAGUAUAUGAUACUAAAUGUAUUGCUCUUGUAACUGGUACUGGUAGCUUGCUUCUUUGUAUUCCUUCAUACAUAGUGUGUUUGAAUGUUACAACUAUUGCACAAUUUUAUGGUAAACUUCCAAAGAUGUAUUUAGGAUUUAUAUUAUGAGCUGCAUACAUGGGGUUUUUAAAAGUAUAUAUAUAUUUUUCUUUUCCUUUUUCUUUUUUUAGCAUUAUUAUAAUUUUUUUUGGCCGGAGAUUAAUAGAUAGGGAUAAGUUUUGGGUAAUUAGAGUUGUCCUUAUAGAGAGAUUUUUUAUAAAUUUGAUUAAUCAAAUGUACUCUCUCAUGGUGACUGGAAGGUCAGUGAGACUCAUUCCAUCCCAAGUAUCAGUUGUGUUGUAAGGGAGCAGGGAACAGUGCAAAGCUAGAUUUUGUCAGCUGAAGAGAGUAAGGUGUAGGAAUGAUAAUGUAGCAGGAGGCAGGUUGCUUUUCUUUUCAUUUAUUUUUUUGAUUCUCUGUUUUCACAAUUUACAGUGAUGCUGUAGAUUAUUAUGGUUGUCAUUCUUUUUCCUGAAAAACUGGGCAUUUAUGCUGUGAUACCAACAAGGACUUUGGAAGUCGAUUUGCUUUGCUGGCAACAUAAACAGUUAGGGUAAUCAUGGUGGUUAGGAUCUACACACGAGCUUGGGAUGGAAUUAGUCUCAGUGCAACCAUCAAUCAAUCUUGUUAUCUGUAUUGUUCCACAUGUGGGUUGGACUGAUAUCUCACUCGGGCUCUGCAAGGUUAGAGGGAGUUGUGCAACACUAGAGCGAUGGCAGGGGCCAUGAUGGUGUCUAAUAAGGCAAAAGAAGAUAUAUAAUUUAAAAAAUGAUUAAACCAGGUUGUUGUUGAUGUUGUUAUAAAGGUACAUAACUUGGAUGAUAUGACAGUUGAGUGAGAUGAUUGUCUGAACUCUUGUUAGGUAGGGUUAGCUUUGCACUAUGUUGAUGUUUUGUUCACCUUAGUUCAUGUUUUGGCCCUCAAGUAUAUUUUUGGAUAAGUGACAAUUAGCAUUCUAAGACUUUGUGUACCAUAGCCUUGUGUAAGUAUAUCAUAAAAAUAUUCUUUAUACAUAAUAGUACUAUAAGUAAAAAAAAUGUAUACUCUCAUAUUGCCUGCAGAUAUGAAUUAUAUUCUAUAUAUUAUAUUUUGUUUUAAUGUUUCCAUAGUUCUAGCAUUCAUCAAAUGAAAGUGCAUUUAUGUAAAGGGAAUGUAAAAUGUACUUCAAAAGUUAAUAUCAUGGGAACAAAACACAAAGCCUCACUUCACAGGCUACUUCCUAUGACCUGUUCCCAGGCAGGUGUGGCAGAGAUUUUGAGAUACUUUUGAAAUGGAAUGCUGGUGUCAGGCUUCAGAGUUCAGAGGGUUUUUCUAAGACACAACUUCACCUGCCUCGAUUCAGCCUCUGUUCUAAUAUCACUUUGCCAUUCCAAAAUAAACUAUACAUGGAAA